AUAAGGGAAUUCGGGUUGAGUUUGGUGGGGUCUGUAAGACCCCGGAGGUGGAUAGAGAGGUAAAGGGGACUUUGCAGGCCAGUGACUUGUUGAAGGGUGAGGGGAAGUGAAAGCUAAGAAGCAUGUAUGAGUAGUAAAGGGCUCCAGUAGGUGAGGUGGUGAUGUCUAGGUCACUGAGUCAUUGUGGGGGUCGUGGACACAAGAGUGAUUUCCAAAGUGGAGCCCUAGUCAUUGACCUUUGAAAGUUGCAAAGACUAUUAAGAUGUCACUGGUUAGUGUUGGGUGAGCCUGGUGAAAUGGAGAUAUCCUAAGGAGAACAACAGCAGGGUUGGUUAUUAUGUUCAGAGGGAAGGGCCAGAGGCCUGUAAUAUUGUUGCUGGGGGCCUUACCUGGUGGCUCCCAAGCCUGAAGGAGGAGGCCUCAAAUCUGUCUUCCAAGGGCCCCCUGGUCUGUGAUAGAGAGGAAGGACUUAGAGCCUAAAUUCUAGUCCAGUUAGGGAUGAAUAAAGUUACUGGACAAGGUAGAGAAAUAGGCAUAAGUAUCUCUUGGUGGAGAGAGACUCUAAGGUGGGAUGGAAUUGGUGCAAAGUUAGUCUUCGGUUAAGGCAAACAUGGAUUGCUCCCUGGCCGUGACUUCAGUGGGAAAGUGAUUCGGUGGCUGUGUAAAGAGAUACAUUUUGAUCAGUGAUGUGUGGUGGAUAACUAGCAUUUGAAAUAUUCGAGAAUUAAGUGUUCAUUCUUAGACCAGAGAUUUGGACUCUUGUGCACAGAGCACAAAAUGAUGAGUCCGAAGUAGCAGGUAGGAAGGAUGAGUAGUAAAAUAGUUGAGAGGUAGGGCCUGGGAGGGGCAAAAGGUUAUGGGUGGGUAACAGUCAUGUGUGAGUUUGACUCUGCAUGGAGAUUGUGCAACAUGAUUGCCCUGUUGAUUUUGGUUUUUUGUCUUGGUACUAGUGGUUCGGGAUUUUAGCAAGAGAUUAAUGCUACUGCGAAUAACGUUUUGGUCCUAAGUACAAAUGUAAGAAAGACAUGCUUACUAACUAUGGAAAAAAGACCCAAGCUAUUAAAGACAGAUGAGUUCAUGAAAGGACAAGUUAGAUGAUGUAAGGAUGCUUUGAAGAAUGAGGAUUCCAGUAAUAGGUGGUUUGAAUAAAAAGAGAAAAUCUAAGGCAAAGUUGGGGCUGGGGUGACAUCUCACAGUUUUAGGACCUAGGAUCUAUAAUUGAACCAUUAUAAUGCUAUUUUGUAGUAACAGUGUUGAAUGUUAGAUGAUAAUAGUUCCACAAGAUAUGGUAGGUUGGUAAGGAGGUCAUUGACUAAAAGGUGAAGGAACGAUUCCACACUGGUCUCUUCUUAGAAGGCAAGUUGUAUGUAACUUGGCUUUUGAGCUCAGGAUCCCUGACCUCGAUUUUUAGAUGACUAACAUAGGUGAAAAAGUACUUAUGCACAUUAGAAUUUGUUCUAUGGGAUAUUUGCCCCAUAGCCUUCAGAAGUGUCUGCUGCUGUGAAUCAAAAGAAAAUGCUCUCUGGCUUAUAGGGAGGAAAACGUACAGAGGUUUCACAAGCAUUAUAACCAACUAAAUUAUUUGAUCAUGGUGACUUGGGAUGGUGGUUAGAGCCAUGAACUUGGAAUCAGGAAGCUGGCCCAUUGACUUCUGUGACUUUGAACCAAUCUCUCAUAUUUAUUCUCCAGUUUUCCCAUUGAUGAAGUGGGGAUCCCACUGCCCUGACCACUCAUAACACAUUGCAUUGCUUAACAAGUGAAUGCCUAUCUGUAAACUGCUUUGAACACUUCUGAGAAUGAGAGAUGAUGUAGCCCAACUUUUUUCUCACUUCUAAAAGACUGCUCUCUCAGGAACAGGCCACUUUCAGCUUUUGUAACAAUCAUGGCAGCAUAGUUGAUCAAGGAACAGAAAGGAGUACCUUAUGCAUCUGUCUUGUUCUAUCAUCUGGGUUGUGGUUUCCUACUGAUUUUUUGAAAGGUGAUACCUCUUCUCCAUUUACGAGGAAGUUAGAGUGAUGACAAUCAGAGAGUGUAAGGAGAGGUCCCCAUGGAGAGUAGGAAUAUACAUGCUGUGAAUGCUCACCUAGACUGAUGCCUGCCCUGAAUUUGUGUGAUCUUGGACAUGUUACUUGGCUUCAUAGUGCCUUAAUAUUCUUCAACUAUGAAAUAUUGUUGGUGGAAUAACCCACUUGUCCGUCUGCCUUGGUUGACUGCGCUGUUAGAGUCUAUAGAAACUUUAUUUGUCCCAGAGCAACUUUAUUUGUUCCUAACCUCCUAUGUCCCACAUACGCCUUUGGCAGGCUAAUGAAAUAUAGGACCUCUUUUGGGAACUGUGUUUUUAAAAUGCAUAAAAUGAAACACAUGGACUUAAAAAUGACAUGGAAACAGUUAUCAAAAUGUUAAUCAGUUAUGAUAUAGUAAUACAUAUGCUUCUUUCUAACACAUUAAAUAACAAAAUGUAGCUGCAGUUCUAACCAUACUGUAAUUUUGAACUAGGGAUGAGUAAAUAUUGUGUUGAAGUAUCUGCAGCAAGUAUAAUGUGACAUGAAAAUGUCCUGUGGUUUGUCUUGGUGACAGUCACAGGGUUGCUAAUACUAUCACGGGUCGUUACCUCCCUUCACAAUUGAAGGCAGUGCUGACUUUUGCUGAAGAGGACUCAAUGUGGGACUAGCUGGUGUCACUCCACUUUGACCUAAAAAUUCCCUUCUGUUUGGGAGGCAGAGCUCAUUCUUGGAAAGUUCUUCCGUGUCCCAAUGUAGAAGAGAGAGCAGAUCGGACAUCUCGAAAGGUGAGGGUCACCUUUGAGAAAGGGGUUCCCGGACUCCCCCAGCUCCUCACCUCCAGGAUGAGCACUGCGGUAUCGUGACCCUUGGGGUUUCGUGUGCCCUGGAGAUGCGAGAUUUUCCUUUGGCAGCAGGAGGCACACACCCAGAGGAUGCCGGAGCUGCAAGAGGAAAGGACCCACUUCCACAGCAGAGAAAAGCAAAGAGGAAAAAGGCAUACAGGUGGCCAGCGCUGAGGGCCGCGCCCAGCAAGCCGCCGGCCGCCGCCACUGCCCUCAGCAGCUGUCUGUGCUGCAGCCCGAGAGGAACUCGGUGAGCCCGUCCCUGUUUGUGACUGCACGCUCAGGAUUUCAAUCAAUGCAUUCCAGUAACCCCAAAGUGAGGAACUCUCCAUCAGGAAACACACAGAGUAGCCCUAAGUCAAAGCAGGAGGUGAUGGUCCGUCCCCCUACAGUGAUGUCCCCAUCUGGAAACCCCCAGCUGGAUUCCAAAUUCUCCAAUCAGGGUAAACAGGGGGGCUCAGCCAGCCAAUCCCAGCCAUCCCCCUGUGACUCCAAGAGUGGGGGCCAUACCCCUAAAGCACCCCCUGGCCCAGGUGGGAGCAUGGGGCUGAAGAAUGGGGCUGGAAAUGGUGCCAAGGGCAAGGGGAAAAGGGAGCGAAGUAUUUCCGCCGACUCCUUUGAUCAGAGAGAUCCUGGGACUCCAAACGAUGACUCUGACAUUAAAGAAUGUAAUUCUGCUGACCACAUAAAGUCCCAGGAUUCCCAGCACACGCCACACUCGAUGACCCCGUCAAAUGCUACGGCCCCCAGGUCUUCCACCCCCUCCCAUGGCCAGACUACUGCCCCAGAGCCCACACCUGCUCAGAAGACUCCCGCCAAAGUGGUGUAUGUGUUUUCUACUGAGAUGGCCAAUAAAGCUGCGGAAGCUGUGUUGAAGGGCCAGGUUGAAACUAUCGUCACUUUCCACAUCCAGAACAUCUCUAACAGCAAGACAGAGCGAAGCACAGCCCCUCUGGUAGGCCAUUCUGGAAGUGGAGUGUGGUUUAAAGGCUCUACAGCAGCUGUACAGAACACACAGAUAUCUGCCCUUCGGAAUGAUCCGAAACCCCUCCCACCACAGCCCCCAGCUCCGGCCAGCCAGGACCAGAAUUCUUCCCAGAAUACCAGGCUGCAGCCGACCCCGCCCACUCCGGCACCAGCACCCAAGCCUGCUGCACCCCCGCGUCCUCUGGACCGGGACAGUCCUGGUGUAGAAAACAAACUGAUCCCUCCUGGGGGCAGCCCCGCCAGCUCCACGCCACUGCCCCCAGACGGUACUGGGCCGAACUCGACACCCAAUAACCGAGCGGUGACCCCUGUCUCCCAGGGGAGCAGUAGCUCUUCAGCAGAUCCCAAAGCCGCCCCACCUCCACCAGCGUCCAGUGGCGAGCCCCCCGCGCUGGGAGAGAACCCCGAUGGCCUGUCUCAGGAGCAGCUGGAGCACCGGGAGCGCUCCUUACAAACGCUCCGAGAUAUCCAACGGAUGCUUUUCCCCGACGAGAAAGAAUUCACAGGAGGACAAAGUGGGGGACCCCAGCAGAACACUGGGGUAUUAGAUGGACCUCAGAAAAAACCAGAAGGGCCGAUACAGGCCAUGAUGGCUCAAUCCCAAAGCCUAGGGAAGGGACCUGGGCCCCGGACAGAUGUGGGAGCUCCAUUUGGCCCUCAAGGACAUAGAGAUGUGCCCUUUUCUCCGGAUGAAAUGGUUCCACCUUCCAUGAACUCCCAGUCUGGGCCCAUGGGACCUGACCACCUGGACCACAUGACCCCCGAGCAGAUAGCUUGGCUGAAGCUGCAGCAGGAGUUUUACGAGGAGAAAAGGAGGAAGCAGGAGCAUGCUGUCGUGCAGCAGUGCUCCCUCCAGGACAUGAUGGUCCAUCAGCAUGGGCCUCGGGGCGUGGGCCGAGGGCCUCCCCCUCCAUACCAGAUGGCCCCCGGUGAAGGCUGGGGGCCGGGGGGCGCAGAGCCCUUUGCUGAUGGGAUCAGCAUGCCUCAUUCUCUGCCCCCGAGGGGCAUGGCUCCCCACCCCAACAUGGCAGGGAGCCAGAUGCGCCUCCCUGGGUUUGCGGGAAUGAUCAACUCUGAAAUGGAGGGACCGAACGUCCCCAACCCAGCAUCAAGACCGGGUCUUUCUGGAGUCAGUUGGCCAGACGAUGUGCCAAAAAUCGCAGACGGUCGAAACUUCCCGCCUGGUCAGGGUGUCUUCAGUGGUCCUGGCCGAGGGGAACGCUUCCCAAACCCCCAAGGAUUGUCCGAAGAGAUGUUUCAACAGCAGCUGGCGGAGAAGCAGCUGGGCCUCCCCCCGGGGAUGAGCAUGGAAAGCAUCAGGCCCAGCAUGGAGAUGAACAGGCUGAUCCCCGGUUCCCAGCGACACAUGGAGCCUGGGAGCAGUCCCAUUUUCCCUCGAAUACCCGUCGAGGGCCCUCUGAGUCCCUCUCGGGGUGACUUUCCAAAAGGAAUGCCCCCACAGAUGGGCCCUGGUCGGGAACUGGAGUUUGGGAUGGUUCCCGGUGGGAUGAAGGGAGAUGUCAGUCUGAACGUCAACAUGGGAUCCAACCCUCAGAUGAUACCUCAGAAGAUGAGAGAGGCUGGGACGGGCCCUGAGGAGAUGAUGAAGUUACGCCCGGGUGGCACAGACGUGCUGUCUGCUCAGCAGAAGAUGGUGCCCCUGCCGUUUGGGGAGCACCCCCAGCAAGAGUACGGCAUGGGCCCCAGGCCGUUUCUCCCCAUGUCUCAGGGUCCAGGCAGCAACAGUGGCUUGCGGAGUCUCAGAGAACCAGUCGGGCCCGACCAAAGGACUAACAGCCGGCUCAGUCAUAUGCCAGCACUACCUCUCAACCCUUCCAGUAACCCCACUAGCCUCAACACCGCUCCUCCAGUGCAGCGUGGCCUGGGGCGGAAGCCCUUGGAUAUAUCUGCGGCAGGCAGCCAGGGGCACUCCCCAGGCAUCAACCCUCUGAAGUCUCCCACGGUGUGCCAAGUCCAGUCACCAAUGCUGGGCUCGCCCUCGGGGAACCUCAAGUCCCCCCAGACUCCAUCGCAGCUGGCAGGCAUGCUGGCGGGCCCGGCUGCUGCUGCGUCCAUUAAGUCCCCCCCCGUCUUGGGGUCUGCUGCUGCUUCGCCUGUUCACCUCAAGUCUCCAUCACUUCCUGCCCCGUCACCUGGAUGGACCUCCUCUCCAAAACCUCCCCUCCAGAGUCCCGGGAUCCCUCCAAACCAUAAAGCACCCCUCACCAUGGCCUCCCCAGCCAUGCUGGGCAGUGUAGAGUCAGGUGGCCCCCCACCUCCUACAGCCAGCCAGUCUGCCUCUGUGAAUAUCCCUGGAAGUCUUCCCUCUAGUACACCUUACACCAUGCCUCCCGAGCCAACCCUUUCCCAGAACCCACUGUCUAUUAUGAUGUCUCGAAUGUCCAAGUUCGCAAUGCCCAGUUCUACCCCUUUAUACCACGACGCCAUCAAGACUGUGGCCAGCUCCGAUGACGACUCCCCUCCAGCUCGCUCUCCCAACUUGCCAUCAAUGAAUAAUAUGCCAGGGAUGGGCAUUAAUACACAGAAUCCUCGAAUUUCAGGUCCAAACCCCGUGGUUCCGAUGCCAACCCUCAGCCCAAUGGGAAUGACCCAGCCGCUCUCUCACUCCAAUCAGAUGCCCUCUCCGAAUGCCAUGGGACCCAACAUACCUCCUCAUGGGGUCCCGAUGGGGCCUGGCUUGAUGUCACACAAUCCUAUCAUGGGGCAUGGGUCCCAGGAGCCUCCGAUGGUACCUCAAGGACGGAUGGGUUUCCCCCAGGGCUUCCCGCCAGUACAGUCUCCUCCACAGCAGGCUCCAUUCCCUCACAACGGCCCCAGUGGGGGGCAGGGCAGCUUCCCAGGAGCUAUGGGUUUCCCAGGAGAAGGCCCCCUUGGCCGCCCCAGCACCCUGCCCCAGAGUUCAGCAGAUGCAGCACUUUGCAAGCCUGGAGGCCCCGGGGGUCCCGACUCCUUCGCCGUCCUGGGGAACAGCAUGCCUUCGGUGUUUACAGACCCAGACCUGCAGGAGGUCAUCCGACCUGGAGCCACCGGAAUCCCGGAGUUUGAUCUGUCUCGCAUUAUUCCAUCUGAGAAGCCUAGCCAGACACUGCAAUAUUUCCCUCGAGGGGAAGUCCCAGGCCGUAAACAGCCCCAGGGGCCUGGGCCUGGGUUUUCGCACAUGCAGGGGAUGAUGGGCGAACAGGCCCCCAGAAUGGGACUAGCAUUACCUGGCAUGGGAGGGCCAGGGCCAGUGGGAACUCCGGACAUCCCUCUUGGCACGGCUCCAUCCAUGCCAGGCCACAACCCAAUGAGACCACCAGCCUUUCUCCAGCAAGGCAUGAUGGGACCUCACCAUCGGAUGAUGUCACCAGCACAAUCUACAAUGCCCGGCCAGCCUACCCUGAUGAGCAAUCCGGCUGCCGCCGUGGGCAUGAUUCCCGGCAAGGAUCGGGGGCCUGCUGGGCUCUACACCCACCCUGGGCCUGUGGGCUCCCCAGGCAUGAUGAUGUCCAUGCAGGGCAUGAUGGGACCCCAACAGAACAUCAUGAUCCCCCCACAGAUGAGGCCCCGGGGCAUGGCCGCUGACGUGGGCAUGGGUGGAUUCAGCCAAGGACCUGGCAACCCAGGAAACAUGAUGUUUUAAGCUGCUAAGAUUGGAUGUGCCGAUCCUUGUCAAGAUGAGAUUCCGGGUCCUGAGAGCUGCCUUGAGGGAGUUCCGGGAGUGCUGUUGGUCAGGCAAUAGGAGAGCAGAGACCCGAGGGCUGCUUUGGGGGAGGGGGGAACUCGAGAAUGUAUGGAUUUACCUGAAAACAAAUGAUUCAUUUAAUCAACAGGUGUGUUUUUUUUAAGAUUUAUUUUUUAAAAAUUAUUUUUGUGGACUUGGGUAUCCCAUGAUGGCACCUACUUUUGGGAAUCUGUAGCCUGUGCUUCGAGAAUUGCCAUCGGUCAUGUGUUGCACCGUUCUCUGUAUGUUUACGUCCUUUGGACUGGCUUCUCCCAGGAUUCUUUUCUGGUUUUGUUUUUGUUUUUUUGUUUUGUUUCGUUUUUUUGUUUUUGUUUGUUUUUUUAUUUGCUUUGGGCUUUAUUUUUUUGUGUACUGUACUAUAUUGUAAAAGGGAUUUUAGCAGAGACUUUAGUCUUUGGGACAAGAGGAGAACAGGAAUGCUGGGCCGUUUACUUUAGGUGGAGAAUCCGUCUUCAGACCUUUGGACUAUUUUCUUUCAACUCCAGUGUAUAGAAAAAAAACCAAACUACGACCUCAGAGCAGAGUAUUAAUGAAAAGCACAAAAAAAAGGAACUAAGUUCAGCGAGGGGUGGGGGGAGGGGGGAGAUUUUUCUUUUCAAAAAUAAUGAAGCUUAGGACGUUUGUUUUUCGGUUCGAGUGCUCUCCGGCACGGUCUGUCUCUUCCAGUCUGCAAACCCACCUUCACGUUUUUCUCUCAGUUUCCCUCUCCUCCCCGCCCCCCACCCUGCCCUCAUCUCCUUGGUUAAGUGUAUCUCCUUCUCCCGUGCCCCCGCCCCCAACUGGUGACCCCUGCUUUCCUCCUCUUUCCCUUUGGCAGCUGCAAUACAUGGUGUUCUUUUGGGGAAGUAAAUCUAAUGAAAGCCUCGCCUUCCAGGCCGAGCGUCGUCCCGGCUCCGCGAGGGAAAGGCCUGUGCUUGGGAUGCUCGGCGGUCUUCUGCUCCCUUUCUCUUCUUCCCCGACACGCCCGUCCCUGCCCACCUUGUUUUCUGUUCUCCUUUUCUUAGGAAUUCCCAAGUGAAUUUUAUUGAUGUGGGAGUGGAACAGAUGCUAAAAGCUAUCCAGGAUUUCGUUUUUGUUUUUGUUUUUAAUUUUGUGGUUCCUCCCCUGCCCUCCCCCUCCCAUGCGUAAAACGUUCUGUGUAACCUCCAUUAAAUUUGGUACAAAACCACUCACCAGAGCUGUGGUGUCAGAAAAAUAAAAUAUAUUGUUUCUUACAAAA